ACGUUACUCCAGCACAAGCGACCAAACAGUUAAGAGUACAUUGGUUAGCAGUGGUCAACGUUAGAGCUACAUCUCAACUUCUUCUUCGACUUCGCUCUACUCGUCAUUCUUGUUUUGUGAAUUCCAUCAAGAAUGGCUUCCCAAAUCGAACUUGACCGUUAUUAUGAAUUCGUCAUGAAACUUACGAUGGAAUCUGCUAAGGUGAUUCGAGAUGCCUUUCAAGGUGGCAAAAAUAUCGAGACCAAAGCCGGUGACUGGGAUCUGGUGACACAGUACGAUCGAAAAGUGGAGGAAAUUUUGAUUGCCGGAUUAGCCAAGGAAUUUCCCAACCAUAAAUUCAUCGGUGAGGAAACUGUUUCGUCGAACAAUUUCUUACCACCUCUAACCGAUGCUCCAACUUGGAUCAUUGAUCCGAUCGACGGAACGACCAACUUUGUUCACUCCUUCCCACAUACAUGCAUCUCCAUAGCCCUGGCGAUCAACAAGCAGCUGGAACUGGGAAUUGUCUAUAAUCCGAUCCUGGAGCAAAUGUUCACUGCCAGAAGAGGACGUGGUGCUUUCCUUAAUGGGAAACCAAUCGUGAGCUCCAAUGUCCAAGAAUUGGGUAGCUCUCUGGUUUGCAUCGAGGCGUCGUACGCGACCAUCCCAGAGAUCAGGGACGUCAUCCUCGGGAGACUAGAAGCCUUUGUCUCUAUUGCUCAUGGAAUAAGGACCCUAGGUUCCGCAGCACUGACACUCUGUCACGUUGCGAUGGGAGCAGCCGAAGCUUAUCAUACUGACAACCUGAUGCCCUGGGACGUAGCAGCUGGAGUUCUCAUUAUCAGAGAAGCUGGAGGAGUCGUCAUUGACACCAGUGGAGGAGAGUUCAAUGUGAUGAACCCCAAAGUCCUAGCCGUCGGCAAUCAUAAACUAGCCCAAGAAUUGGUCAAGCUGAUAAAACACGCUGAUAACAAAACCCAACAGAAGAGGUUAGCUGCUAUGCAGUAAAGAUGCCUCGAGAAGUCAGUAUCAGUGGAGCAUUGGGAUGGGUGAGAAACUUUGAAAAAUUUCAAAGGAUGACAGCUCAAACGUUUGACUGCCCUGAACGGAAGGUCUCGCCCACUUUAUUCAGAGUCUCGAGGGAAGAGUCACUUGUACCUAAAAUUAUGCGAAUAGCUCAGUAGAUUUAUUUAAAUCGGAUUAAAAUCCUGUCGAUCAUGUAUUAUUUAAUUGCUAUGAAUUGUAAAUAUUUCACAACACUUAUGUAGCUCUUAAAAAUUCUUACCUAGCAAUCGUCGACAACAAUUAGAACUGUCUCAAGUAAUAAGGCAUAAGAUAAAGAAAGCAAAGAUAUUAACAA